AUGGAGCCUGGCAGCAAUCGCGGGGUUUCUCCGGAGAAACCCUCCCGGAGGGCGGAGGCGCGCAACUCGCCCAUCGUCCACGGCACCGGGUGGCUCUUCUCCCCGAUGUGGAGUCCCCGAUCCAAGGCGCGCUGCGGGGAAUUUGUCAGCGGUGUGCCGAGCGACCAAGUGUGGCUGGACGACCACUCUGACUUCACCAGGGAGUACUUUUCGCGCAGAUCCUCCACAGUGAGCGGCUCUCAGCCAGAGAUCCAGACCCCGAGUCCCAGGUUUCCCAGGAGCAGCUCGGACCACUCCAGCCUUCUGAUGGCGUCCUCUCAUCACAGAACAUCUGCUCCUCUGGCCGGCUCCCACCAGGACGCGUCCUGUUCCCCGGACAGGCUCAACCCCCUGGCCUCCACUCUCAAUGCCCCCGAGUGGAUGGACAACAUCUGUCACUCCCCCUGCUCCCCUCGCUCCCCUCGCUCUCCCCGCUCCUCCCGCUUCAGUUUCACCGCCUGCCGCCCGCUUUCCCCCAUUUGCCCCUGCUCCCCCUACGCCCCGCAGGUCCUGCAGCCUGUUGCCGCCAAGGCCGCCGGCUGUGGCCGGGGGGAGGGCUGCCCGUGGAUGAUGGGGCUCCUGGGAGGGGGCCUGAGCGGCAUGGGCUCCGUCGCAGAGCUCUGCCAGGGAGCCGUCACCCAUUCGGGGGAGCUGUUUGCGGCCGAGGGCGGUUGCCUCUCACUCGUGAGAACAGACUGUGGCGGAAGGAGCAACUUGGAAGAGGUGGUGGCCUUAACGGCUCUCGGGAAUUCGAGCGACGGCUCCCCGUACGGUCACGCUCACCAGGAGCUCUUUAGGGGUGUCAUGGAAUGCGUGAUGGCAACAGGAUCGCCAAUUAACCUCAGGGAUGCAUCUGAGGACCCAAAAUUUAAUAUGCAUAAUAAUCAGUCACUAAAAAUCGGGACUGUUUUGAGUGUUCCCAUCAAGAACCACAGAAGAGAGGUGCUUGGUGUAGUGGUGAUGAUCAACAAGAGGAAUACUUGUGAUGGCUCACUUUCUGUUUUUACCAACAUGGAUGAGAAGGUGCUGUCCAGUCAUAUGGACGUUCUGGGGAUGGUUCUGGAAAACGUCCAGCUGCACGAAAGCUCCAGACAGGAGGCCAAACGCAGCCAGGCUUUGAUAGAAAUGGCCCAGGUGUUGUCGAGGGAGCACCACUCUUUUGAGGCUCUGCUGAGUAAGAUGGCCGCCACCAUCAUGCCCUUCACGCAUGCACAGUAUUGCACUAUCUUCAUCCCCGGGGAUCAGACUUCAGUCAAAGAGGACGAGAUUUCAUUCUCGCGUGUGAUACACAUGGAGUGUGAGGAGCUGGGAUCAGCUUGCCAGAUCUACAGAAGGGAGCGUGACGUCAGCGAUGUGGAUCCAUCCUUUGCCUGUCGAACGCUGACGGCCAUGGAAACACUUAAUAUGGCGAAGAGUUCCGAGGAAUCAAUAAGGAGCAUCAUCUGCUGCCCCGUCAGAAACGAGAGGUCUGAAAAGGUUAUCGCCGUGUGCCAGCUGAUGAAUAAGCGGAGCAGAGACUCUGGUGAAUUAGACGCCUUUAAUCGGUAUGACGAGCGCCUCCUGGAAGACCUGGCGGUGUACUGUGGCUUGGCCUUACAGUAUGCUCAGGCCCUCCAGAUAACUGAGGUGCGGAGAGCCAGCAUACAGGUCACGCAGGAGGUUCUUGCCUAUCACAUCACUGCAACAGAGCAGGAUAUCCAGGCUUUGCAGGAUGCCACAAUUCCCUCUGCCGAGUCACUGAAGAUUUUAGAAUUCCAUUUCUCCGACUUUGGCCUUCCAGAGGACCUAACCGCCCAGGCCACUGUUCGCAUGUUUCUGGACCUUGAUUUGGUGAAGGAUUUCAAGAUUGACUACAAGAGUCUGUGCCAAUGGGUGCUGAGCGUGAGACGUGGAUACAGGAGCAACGUGCCUUAUCACAACUGGAGCCACGCACUGAGCACUGCUCAGAGCAUGUUUGCCAUGCUCAUGGCCACAGACCAGCUCCAGAACAUUUUUACCCGCCAGGAGAUCUUAGCUUUGAUGAUAGCUACCCUGAACCAUGAUAUUGACCACAGAGGAGUUAGUAACUCCUACAUAGAAAGGUCUCAACAACCUUUAGCCCAGUUGUAUGGACACUCCUCCCUGGAGAACCACCACUAUAAUCUGUGCCUGUUCAUCCUAAGCAACGAUGGGAGUCAGAUUCUUAACAGUCUAUCAGCAGAGGACCACAAGGCUGUGCUACAGUUGAUCAAAAGAGCAAUCCUUGCAACUGACCUGAAUGUCUACAUGCAGAGAAGAAAAGAGUUCUUUACUCUUGCUAAUAAAAGCAGUGUCAGCUGGAAGAGUGAGAAACAAAGAGAUUUGCUGAGAUCGAUGCUGAUGACAGCUAGUGAUCUCUCUGCUAUCACAAAGCCUUGGCCCGAGCAAAGAAGGAUUGCCAAUCUGGUUGCCAUGGAGUUCUUUGCACAAGGUGACAAAGAGAGGGAAGAAUUCAAAAUCAAACCGAUCGACAUAAUGAACAGAGAAAACAGCACCCGUCUGCCGUUCAUGCAAGUUGAGUACAUCGAUGAGAUCUGCUAUCCACUAUAUAAGGCUGUAUCCAAACUUUUUGACACCUGCUCUCCGUUGAUGGAUGCUUGUAAGAAGAACAGAGAAAACUGGCUGCAGUAUGCCGAAGAAGCAGAAGAACAACAACAUGAAAGUAGUGAUAAUUCAAACCCGGAAACACAGGAAAACAAGGAGGAAGAUACACAGUCUGAGGGAUAGAAGAAUGGAGAGAAAAAGCAGACAAAAGGCUUUCAAAGCAUAAAGCUGUCUGUUAUUCCUCAUCUUUGACACACCACAACUGUUCAUAGUGACAGAAACUCUAACUGAUCUAUUUCAUGGACACAUUAGCUGUGUAUAUCUGCCAAAUAAUUGUCACAAUUAUUAUUCAGCAAUCUAUCUGAAGAGCUUUUUUUUAUUGUUCUUAUUUAUAUGUUUUCAAAUUUGAUCUUGAAUGUAUAUGCAGUUUGAAGAGUUGGAACAAAUGAGUGCUUUCUAACCUAAUGCUGUCGAAUGAGGUGAAUUGUUUGGGGAAGUUUUUUUUCAGUUUUUACGUACUCAGGGAGUAGAUUUGUCUUGAAAUUAUUUUCAUAAUAGAUACACAAGCAAUUUACACAGGUUUUCAUGUUAUAUUUAAUUUUUCAGUCCAUUUCUGGCAUGACUCCUCCAAUCUUUGUAAAAAAAAGCAUACACGUACACAUACAUCAUUGUGCUUAGUCUUAUCUGUCAAUCUUUCUUAAGUUGUAGACCCAAAAACUGUCUGUGGAUGUUCACUCUCAUUCCACCUAUAACUCAGGCAGUAAAGAGGUUAUUCUUUAAAUGAAAGGUUUUCCACUUCAUCACAAACCGUUUCAGUCUUCAUGUUUAAGUGUCUGAGAAUAUAAUACUUUCCAGUAACUCAAUAUUUUCCCCAAUGGACAAAGUAUAUCUAUAUGAUUAUAAUUAUAAUGUACUGAGCAAUAGAUCCUAAACGUUUUCUUUUUGUGACUGCAAUAUUGUUACAAAACACAAAACACUCAUUUCACUUACAAAGGUUUCUUGAUUUUAUGAGG